AUGUCACUACUUUCAACUAAAGGCUAUGGAGGAUGGACUAUCAAGAUGAACCAUGUGGAGUUGGCCAAUGACUAUGAGCCGCAGACAUUGGCUGGGGCAGCUGAGCAGAAUCCUCCCAAUACUAUGGAGGUGGAUCCCCCAUUGGCUACACUUGUUGCAGGUGCCAAAGAGACUGCUGUGGGUGCAUCCAGUCACAAGCUCCCUACUGCCUCAGCUCUGGCGGACAAACCUGCUUUGAGGCAGGUGACAGGCAAUGGUCCCCCAAGGAUGUUUGCGCCCCCUCUCCCAGCCGGUCCUUCUGCUUGCAGGCAAUAUACAAGGGCUGGUCUCACUGUUCCCUGUAAGCUGACUGAGGCUUGUAUUCAAGACUUGGCACGUGGAUAUACCGUUGAGCCCCAGUAG